AUGGAGUCCAUGCUGAAUAAAUUGAAGAGUACCGUUACAAAGGUAACGGCUGAUGUCACCAGUGCAGUCAUGGGAAAUCCCGUUACCAGGGAAUUUGAUGUUGGCCGACAUAUUGCCAGUGGUGGUAAUGGUCUUGCUUGGAAGAUAUUUAAUGGAACUAAAAAAUCAACAAAACAGGAAGUGGCUGUUUUUGUCUUUGAUAAGAAGCUAAUAGACAAGUAUCAAAAAUUUGAAAAGGAUCAGAUUAUUGAUUCUUUAAAACGAGGCGUUCAGCAGCUAACCAGACUUCGACACCCUCGACUACUCACUGUUCAACAUCCGUUGGAAGAAUCCAGAGAUUGCUUGGCAUUUUGUACAGAACCAGUCUGUGCAAGUUUAGCUAACGUUCUUGGCAGCUGGGACAACCUACCUUCACCUUUACCAUCUGACAUUAAAGAAUACAAACUUUAUGAUGUGGAGACCAAAUAUGGUUUGCUUCAGGUUUCUGAAGGCUUGUCAUUUUUGCAUAGCAGUGUGAAAAUGGUCCAUGGAAAUAUUACUCCUGAAAAUAUAAUUUUGAAUAAGAGUGGGGCAUGGAAAAUUAUGGGCUUUGAUUUUUGUAUCCAGUCAACAAAUCCAUCUGAACAGGAGCCAAAGUUCCCGUGUAAAGAAUGGGAUCCAAACUUGCCAUCGUUGUGUCUUCCAAAUCCUGAAUAUCUGGCACCAGAAUAUAUUCUCUCUGUGAGCUGUGAGACAGCCAGUGAUAUGUACUCUCUAGGAGCUGUUAUGUAUGCAGUGUUUAAUAAAGGGAAACCAAUUUUUGAGGUCAACAAGCAGGAUAUUUAUAAAAGCUUUAGUAGGCAGCUGGAUCAGCUGAGCCGUUUAAGCUCCAGUACUCUUCAGAAUAUACCAGAAGAGGUGCGUGAACAUGUAAAGCUACUCUUAAAUGUAGCUCCAGCAGUCAGACCAGACGCAGAUCAAAUGACUAAGAUACCAUUCUUCGAUGAUGUGGGAGCAAUGACGCUUCAGUAUUUUGAUUCAUUAUUUCAAAGGGAUAACCUUCAGAAAUCACAGUUUUUUAAAGGGCUACCAAAGGUUCUGCCAAAACUACCUAAGCGUGUUAUAAUUCAGCGAAUUUUGCCUUGCUUGACUUCUGAAUUUGUGAAUCCUGAUAUGGUACCAUUUGUCUUGCCUAACGUUCUUCUCAUUGCUGAGGAAUGCUCCAAAGAAGAAUAUAUCAGGCUCAUUCUGCCUGAUCUUGGUCCUGUUUUUAAGCAGCAAGAACCAAUCCAGAUCUUGUUGAUCUUCCUGCAAAAAAUGGACUUACUUCUAACCAAAACUCCACCAGAUGAAAUAAAGAACAGUGUUCUACCAAUGGUUUAUAGAGCCUUGGAAGCCCCUUCAAUUCAGAUCCAGGAGCUUUGCCUAAACAUAAUUCCCACGUUUGCCAAUUUAAUAGAUUAUCCAUCAAUGAAAAAUUCAUUAAUUCCAAGAAUUAAAAAUGCAUGUUUGCAAACUUCUUCUCUUGCUGUCCGGGUAAACUCACUAGUGUGCUUAGGCAAGAUUUUGGAGUACUUGGAUAAAUGGUUUGUACUUGAUGAUAUUUUACCUUUUCUACAACAAAUUCCAUCCAAGGAACCUGCAGUGCUAAUGGGAAUUUUAGGUAUUUACAAAUGUACAUUUACUCAUAAGAAGUUGGGAAUUACCAAAGAACAACUUGCAGGAAAGGUAUUGCCCCAUCUGAUUCCUCUUAGUAUUGAGAACAAUCUUAAUCUCAAUCAGUUCAAUUCUUUUAUUUGUGUUAUAAAAGAUAUGCUUAAUAGAUUGGAGGCAGAGCAUAAAACAAAACUUGAACAACUUCAUGUCAUGCAAGAGCAACAGAAAUCUUUGGAUAUAGCUAACCAAAUGAGUGUGUCUGAAGAGGCAAGAUCUAGUAGUACAAAUAAUCAGAUUGACAAGGUAUUUAAUACUAGUGGAACUGACCUUCUAACUAGUGGAUCUGAUAGUAAAGAGAAUGAGAUGUCAUCAAAACAGAAAAAGGCAUCACUUACACUUGAAGAGAAGCAAAAGUUAGCUAAAGAACAAGAACAGGCACAGAAACUGAAAAGCCAGCAACCUCUUAAACCACAAACAACUGUAAUAACACCUCCAGUGAAGCAGACAAAAGACUUGACUGAUACCUUGAUAGAUAAUAUGUCAUCUUUGACUAGCCAUUCUAUCAACAAAGCUAAAGUUGCAUCUUCAAACAGCUUCUCUUCUGUCCCUUCUGUGGGUGUUGGAAUGGGAUUUUCAUCACCUGUUGACAACACAAAGAGAAACGUAACAAAUGGACUAAAUACUAAUAUGGGUUUUCAGACUGCUGGAUUCAGUAUGGGAGCUGGUCCCACCACUCAGAAUUUCUUCAGUGGUCCAAGUGCAAUAGCAACAACCAAGAUGAACAUUGUACCAACUGCCAAUGUGCCCAAUUACAGUCCUAUGAAUGCUGCAUCUGCAAUCUCUCCACUGACGCAACAGAACAGACCCCCAGAUAUGUCUGCUUUAGAUAAUCUUUUUGGUCCUCAAAAACCCAAAGUUAGCAUGAAACAGUUGGCUCAACAGAAAUCAAGCCAAUGGGUUAAUCAGUUUGUACCCCCACAAGGGUCCCCAGGUGCGAGCAGUUCAGUCUUGGGACCUCAGAUGAACAUGAUAGGACAGUCUGGCUUUGGUAUACAGGGUAAUCCUUUCUUUGCUCCUCAGAACUUUGCACAACCAGCAAACACAAUGACUAACAGCAGCUCAGCUAGUAAUGACUUAAAAGAUCUUUUUGGGUAAAAUGUUUGUUUUCUUCUUUCAAAGAUUGAUGAAAUUUGGAUCAUGGGUAAGCUGAUUAACAUCUUUUUUGAUUAAUAAAAGCAUGAUUUGGGGAAACUUUCAACACAGCGAAGUAAAGACUUUUGCACUGGGAAAAAGACUUGAUUUUUGCAUUCACCUGGUACUGCAGUGAAAUUGUGUAAGUGCAAAGUCAUCUUACAUGCUAAAGAUUUCCUGUCUCUUUACUGAACAUCAGAGCACUGAAGGUAGGAUGCAUAUAUUCAAUCAAAAAGAAGCAGCUAAGUAUUUCAAAAUUAUUCAGAAGCGUACUCAAUCAAGACCUAUGAAAUCUUCUACAAAAUUUUGUUU